AUGGGCAGCUCCCCGAGUUGCGAGAAGGGUCACGGUCGCCUCCAGAGAGAGUUGGCGAGCCAUGGAAUCGCUGGCCUGUUGCCCCUGAUUGCGAAAGCAAUCAAGGGCGCCAAGGACUGCCGGGGCGCCGUAGUGUCUUCCAAGGACACAAUCGCAGCCCUCAUCAGCGAACUGAAAGCGUUACAGUUCAAUAUCAACAAUCUACGGGGACUCCUCAAAGACGACACUCUCAGCAGUGGCAGCAUCAUGUUUUCGCGAACUUCAGUACUCUUGUCGUGCUCCUCUGCAUGCGAGCCGACGCUGCAAUCCCUCUGCAGGAAGUCGGGUCAACAAGACAAUGGCAGGAGGAGCCGCUAUCUCUGGCCCCUCAGCGAGAAGGAACAUCAAAAGACGGUUCAAGGAAUUCGAAACUUCUCCCACCGGAUGCAUUUGGCCCUUUCCGUGGACGGGUGCAGGCUCCUGUCGCAAACAUCUGACGAUGUUCUCAAGGUGCUAGACCAGCAGCUGGACCAUUACACAUACCGUUCAGGUACCCAGAAGCACAUGAUGGAGAACUCGCUCGCCCAACACCCUCGAGACCAAGUAUUGGACUGGAUAUCAACGGUCAAGUACGGCCAGAAACAUCAAGCCCUGCAGGCAUCUCGAGCCAAGGACACUGGGCACUGGAUCCUGCGCACCUCCGAGUGCACAAGAUGGCGCGAUGGGCAAGAGCGGGACCAGUCCAAUGUGCUGCAGUUCCUCGACCAGCUGCCAACGAUUCCAGGUCUCGUAUCUAGCGUUUACAACGACACCCACCUGAGAGGACAACUUCCCCAGUCCGACUGCGAAAGGCUCUUUGCAGCGCUAGUCAAAUUAGGGCGUGCGUACUUAGUUGUCGACGCCCUUGAUGAGAGCUCUUUGAAACAUAGAUCCUCAGCCUUGCGCACCUUACGGCACCUCAGCCAGUUUCAGGGGCUCCGGUUGCUGGUCACGAGCCGCCCGCACACCCAGGAUAUCGCCGCCACCUUUGCGCACCACCCUCGUCUCAAUAUAUCGGCCCAGGAGGAAGACAUCAGGGUAUAUAUCCACCAAGAACUGCAACGUAACGGUUUAUAUGACGUAGCAGACGACAGGUUCGUCGGUGGAAUGGUCCAUAAGCUCACAGCAGGCACCGACGGAAUCAAGCCGAACAUAGGAAUGGAGUCUCUGAUGUACCUCGCUCAUGCGGUACGGCCCCUGACCGUCCAUGAGCUCAGCGAUGUCCUCGCGAUCCAUUCAGGCGACAACCUCGGCAACAAUGCGAAGUACCGCCCGUCCGAGAGCAUGAUCCUCCAGUGCUGCCAGGGUCUUAUCACCAUCGACACAGCCACCAAGGAUGUCCGGGUGGCACAUCACUCCAUCCAAGAGCAGAGGACGAGAUCGAAUAGCAUCUCACGGACCGCCCGUUUCUGGGUUACGCCACCGAACCCCGAGGUGCAUGGUCUCUCGACCGACCUCUUCUCCUCGACAAGCGCCAUAACUACGGCAAACCAAGUGCGCCAGUACAGCGUGGGCCGUAGAGAGGAGUACUGGAGCGCCGAGGAGUGCCUCAGCUUGACUCCACUGCACUUUGCCUGCCGCCACGGCCUGGCAUACACCGUUUUGGAUCUGCUUGACCGUGGUGUCUCCGACAUCAAUGUCCGAACGAAUCAAGGCGCUACUCCGAUCAUUUAUGCGGCAUCCAACGGCCACGUCCCCAUCGUAAGGGUGCUCAUGGAGCGCGGCGCCGACCCGUACCUAUGCAACUGGUACGGCAACGCGCUACACUGUGCCAUCGAGAGUGGUUCAGCAGACGCCGUACGAGAGCUCGUCGUCCGCGGGAGGAUGGAUCCCAGCCGGCGUCCCCCAGGAUACAAACCAUAUCUAUCCUGUGCAUUCGAUCAAGACUCGGCUGAAGUUUCGAGAUGCUGCAUGCUUGAGCCCCUCUUCCUUGAAGCAUGUCGCAACGUCUGCCCCCGGAUUGUCGACCUGAUGAUUGAGCACGACUGGAUAAACCUCAGCAACAUGCGCUCGGAGAUCGGGCAGAUGGCACUGUACCUGGCUGCGGAACGGCGAGACCUCGACCUUGUCAAGCGGCUGGUUCAGGCUGGCGCCGACGUCCACUCGCUUGCUGAUUGUGACGACUUUGUCCAGGACUGGUUAUUGCAGCAUUAUCCCCGCUGCCCGUAUUGGAAGAAGAAGCUUAUCGAGCGGGGAUAG